CCCACGUGACCCGCCGGUGGGCGGAGUUCCCGCCAAGCGCGGCGAGUUUCGCGCGCCCGCGCCGCGUUCCGCACCGGGCACCACGCGGCCGGGAUGGCGCAGCUCCGGCUCACCGAUUUCUUCGGCCGCACCAAAACCGCCGUCAGCAUCACCGGCAAACACGGCACCCGAGCUCACAAGGCCGCCAUCCUCACCCCUCCGGGAUCCCGGAAUGAUGGUGCCGUUCCAACACCUCCAGCAUCGCCGCGAACCCCGACCCGCAGCGCUGCCCCGCAAAUACCGAGGGUGGCGGGCAGGAAACGGAGCCGGAGGGAGAUGGGAGAGGAGACACCGGGAGGGGAACGGGGAGGGAAAUCGGCGAGGAAGAGGCUGGAGCUGCCGCGGGAUGCGGGGCCCGAGACUGCCAGCCCCCCAUCGCCGGCCCCGCUGCAGCCCCCCACAGCCAGCAGGACGUGCAUCCCCAGCCUGGAGCAGAACAGCGGAACCACACCACGCCUGGAGCAGGAGGAGCUGGCCGCGCUGCAGAGCCGCCUGCAGAGGAUGAGGAUGAAGCCCCCCCCCACCCAAGUGCCCCCCGUCCCCGCUGGGGUCGGUGCUGAGCUGCGGAGCCGCCUGCAGAGUCUGCAGGGCCUGGAGCAGCGGCUCCGUGCCAAGGCAGCGGGCAAUGGGACAGGGCAGCAUGGGGUCACCGGGACAGAGACUCCAGUAACAACAGGGAAUAGCACACAGCUCCCCGCGUACCAGCGCUUCCAUGCCCUGGCACAGGACACACCACCAGGUCUGACCUUACCCUACAAGUACAAGGUUCUGGCAGAGAUGUUCCGCAGCGUGGACACCAUUGCUGGGAUGCUUUUCAACCGCUCUGAGACCAUCACCUUUGCCAAGGUCAAGCAGGGCGUGCAGGACAUGAUGCGCAAGCAGUUCGAGGAGCGGCACGUGGGGCAGAUCAAGGCAGUGUAUCCCACGUCCUAUCGCUUCCGCCAGGAGAAGAACAUCCCCACCUACAGCAGCGGUGUGAAGAAGUCACAGUACCAGCUGACGUUGGAGCCGGUGCUGGGGGAAGAUGAGCAGCUGUGUGGCCGCCCUCACCUGUCAGCAUCUCGUCUGCUGGAGCGCAGGAAGGAGUUCCACCGCAGCCUGGUGAACAUUGUCAAGCAGCACCAUGCGGCAUUCCUGGCUGCGCUGAGCCCUCCCAUGGAGGUGCCGGAGGACAAGCUGACCCGCUGGCAUCCCCGCUUCAAUGUGGACGAGGUGCCUGACAUCAGCCCAGCAGAGCUGCCACGGCCACCACAAGAGGACAAGGUCAGCACGGCGCAGGAGGUGCUGAGUGCAGCUCGGGGCACAGUGAGCACUAAGAUGGAAAAAGCUCUUGCCAACCUGGCCUUAAGAAGCGCUGAAGCCGGUGCGGAGGAACCGGCGCUUUCCAAAGCAGCAUCCCCUGCCAGCACCUCCAGCGCUCUCAAAGGGGUGUCCCAGGCGCUGCUGGAGCGGAUCCGUGCUAAGGAGGCCCGGCGGCUGCAGGUGCUGAUGACGCGGGCAGUGGAGCAGGAGGAGCGGCUGGCCAUGAUGGGCCGACUACCAGCCAUGGCCCGUAUCCUGCGUGGGGUCUUCGUGGCCGAGAAGAAGCCGGCGCUGCCCAUGGAGCUGCUGUGUGCCCGUAUGGUUGAUAGCUACCCCACAGAGAUGGCAGCAGGUGAGAUGGAGAAGCACCUGAGGCUCCUGGCUGAGCUGCUGCCCGACUGGGUGACGUUCCACGCCAUCCGUGCUGACACCUACAUGAAGCUGGACAAGAACACGGACCUCAGCCUUGUCACUGAGAGGCUGGAGAAGGCGGCCAAGGAGGCAGAAGCCCAUUGAGCCCUGCUGGAGUCCAGGCUUUCCCUAUGCAGUUCUCUUUUCUUCAAGCUCCGGCCGUGCUCCAGGAGCAAAGCGGGUGUUGAUUGAGUUCUUCUGUAGGGUCCCUGCAGGUCGCAGCUGCUUCUAAAGCUGAAGGUGGUGCAGGGUCUGGGGUGAGAUCUGGAGCCUCCAGCCCCCUUGUGCCACAUCCUGGGUGGGCACAGGGGCUUCUCGUGUGCGGAGGAAGGAGGUAGAGAAGUGGCCAAGUGCUGUUUGUGGUGUUCGGGUCUGGUUGUGUUUUUAAGGGAGGGAAGCACAUCUCCAGCACUCGCUGGAAACGACGACAGGACUUGUCAAAACACAUUUGGAUUAAAUGUUUUAAAUAUA